AUGGCAAGGCCUUGUCGAACACUGUCGAGCCCGAGCACUGGUGGCUCUCCCCCGGCGAAGCCGGAGGCAGGCCAAAGCAAAACACUUUACGUUCUUCUCUUGGUCCUCAACAUACUUCUCAUCGCUCUCCUCUAUUUCGUUAUCUGGCGUUUCUUCUGUAAGAAGAAGCAGCGAGUAGACGACGACAACAACUCUGCCACCACCUCUUCCUCCACUCCUAACUCUCCCAACUUCUAUUCCAGAAAUGGCAGGCUGGAUUCCUCAGCCGUAUCGUCGUUGCCCAUCUUCGUGUAUUCCAUCGGCAGUGAGGUCAUGAAGACGGAGUGUGGUGUGUGUCUGAUGGAGUUCGAGGAGGGAGAGACGGGCCGGCUGCUGCCGAGGUGCAACCAUGGCUUCCACACGGAGUGCGUCGAUAUGUGGUUUCAGAGCCACUCCACCUGCCCUCUUUGCCGGGCUUCUAUCGAGUCCGGAGCCUCGGAUUCCACCGGGGCUGUGUGA